AUGCGCAGAAUCCCUUGCACUUCGCUCAGUUAUCCCAAUCAGGGAAGUUUGAAAAAGCGCCUUUAUGAUCGAAUUUCUCUCAGUCGAUCGAGGAAAUGCUAGAUAGUCGGCACGAUGGAAACGACUUGGCAUAAAUCUUCGCACGAUACAGUAUCCAAUACGAAGGGGAAGUGGUGAGAAAUCACUCGAACUACAGAAGCUGACAACAAUUUCCAAGGACAAUGUCGUGGACCGGAAGAGUGCAGGAAAACAGAUCGGCGAUCCAUCAUUAGAGAAGGACGAGAUUCAUGUAACACGAUCGCCAAAUACCCGGAAAUCGGUACCAUCGAUAGUGUCCGACAAGAACAUCGAUCAGCCGCAACAAUUCCGCCCACGACCCCGAAUCCAUGGACCGAUCCUGGGCAUUGUGUCCAGUGAUGGAGGAGAGUGUGUACUCUUCCUUUUCUCUUUUUUUUGCUGAAUUUUUUCACUAUCAUUCAUGAAUGUCAAGUUGAUUCGGAGACACCUCAAAAAUGUUACAUUUUUGUAAAAUAAUACUGACAUCUGAAUUUUCGCUUCGGAGGCGGCUUCGGUGGAGGCAGCGGUUCCGGUUUUGGAGGCGGUGGAGGAGCUGGUGAUGGCCCAGGUGGUGAAAGCGGUUCUGGAGCUGGUUUGGGAGGAAGUCCUACCGGUGCCGGUUCCGGACAGUCUCCUAGCUCAGAAGCCGAACCUGCUCCAGAUCUAUUCACUGGUGACUCAGCGCUUACUCCAUCGAAAGGCCCUACUGGAGAUGGCUAUGGACCGCCGAUAUUCCCUGGUGGCGCCGUUCCUCCUCCAGUGCCAGCCGUAGGCCUCGGUGGUGCUGCUGCCGGAAAGAGCCCUUAUGCUGCCAUGAUGGAACCAACUGAAAAUCCUCCUACUACGGUUAAACCGUCCGCUCUUCUGAGUAUGUUGAACAAAGCCGAUCAAGGAAUCAAUCAAGCGAUAACUCAUUUUGAACAGAGGACACCUCUAGAGACGGCUGCUAUUGAUAUUCUAGAAGUGGCCCUUGGAUCGCAAAAAUUAGAUUCUCAAGCAAAACUAUUGGGACACGUCGACCGGACCAUUGGAUUAGAUAAUUUGCAACGGAUUCAACGUUGGGCAAAUACAGCAGGUGCUAUGGAUGUAUUCAAAGAGGAGGUCAGCCAGUUGAUGGUCUUUUGA